AUGACGGGUGCCACACACGGCGGAGGAAAUGCCUACAGCAAUGUCACCACCGGUGAACUCAUCAGUCGAACUUGGGUCAAAAGUGUAAAAACACCAAGUGUAGCAUCCUGGUGUGAUGAUGACGGCAAACACAGUACGGCGAAAACCUGGUGUGAUGAUGACGGCAAACACCGUACGGCGAUAACCUGGUGUGAUAAUGACGGCAAACACAGUACGGCGAAAACCUGGUGUGAUGAUGACGGCAAACACAGUACGGCGAAAAACUGGUGUGAUGAUGACGGCAAACCCAGUACGGCGAAAACCUGGUGUGAUCAUGACGGCAAACACAGUACGGCGAUAAGCUGGUGUGAUGAUGACGGCAAACACAGUACGGCGAUAAGCUGGUGUGAUGAUGACGGCAAACACAGUACGGCGAAAACCUGGUGUUGA